GCUGGGGCCGCGCCCGCUGCCCGAGGUGCCGGGGGGCGGCGGGGGGAGCGCGGCGGGGUCUGAACUGCCGGGUGCGUCGGUCCCGUGCCCAAAUGUGCCCUUGUUUGCCUCUGGGACUGUGACGGAGGCCGGGAAUUGAGCCCCGAGGUACGGCCGUGUGCGGGGAGCCUCCGGCAGGGCCUGCGAGGGGAAGGAGCUGGGUCGGGGGCAGAGCGCGGUGGCUCCGCACCCCGGGCCUGGGCGGCGCUGCGGCUGCUGCGCCUGGAGUGACACUUGAGGGAUGAGACAUUUGUUUGGUUUUAGCGCUGGAAUAGCUGUUGUUACAGCAGCUGGUAACAACAUGAACAUUCAGUUUGUAUCUACAACUUAAGAAGAAAUUUACACACCCAGCCUUAUUCUUCCCUGUCACCCCUGUGCCGCUGAGGCCAACUCUGGCUUGUCCUUGCUUCUGAUUACCUUGGCUGGAGUCAGUCAUGGCUGAUGACUCUCAGAGAAACUUCCGCUCAGUGUAUUAUGAAAAAGUGGGAUUUCGUGGAGUUGAAGAAAAGAAGUCACUGGAAAUUCUGUUAAAGGAUGAUCGUUUGGAUAUUGAGAAGCUUUGCACAUUUAGUCAAAGGUUUCCUCUUCCAUCCAUGUAUCGUAUACUGGUGUGGAAAGUGCUUCUAGGAAUUAUUCCUCCUCAUCACGAAUCUCAUGCUUUGGUGAUGAAGUACCGGAAGGAGCAGUACUGGGAUAUUCACCACGCUCUUCGUGUGAUUCGGUUUAUUAAUGAUUCUACCCCACAGGUUGAUGUUUUUCUCCGCAUACAUCAGCUGGAAUCAGGAAAAUUGCCUCGAAACGUAGCUUUUCCAUUGGAACCUGAAGAUGAAGUGUUUCUUGCUAUUGCUAAAGCAAUGGAGGAAAUGGUAGAGGAUCCUAUAGAAUGCUAUUGGCUUGUCAGUUGCUUUGUGAAUCAGCUGAACAGCAAGCACAAAGAUUCAUUACAACAGCUGCCAAAAAUGCUGGAGCAGUAUUUGAACAUUGAAGAUAACAGACUACUGAUGCAUCUGAAGACAUGUGCUGCAUUGAGCAAACUCCCCUAUGAUCUUUGGUUUAAAAAGUGUUUUGCAGGAUGUUUACCUGAGUCCAGUUUACAGAGAGUUUGGGACAAAGUUAUAAGUGGAUCCUGCAAGAUUCUUGUGUUUGUUGCUGUGGAGAUAUUAUUAACCUUUAAAAUGAAGAUAAUAGCACUGAAUUCUGCAGAAAAGAUCACACAGUUUUUGGAAAAUAUUCCUCAGGACAACACUGACGCCAUUGUCAGCAAAGCUGUGGAUCUGUGGCGCACACACUGUGGGACUCCAGCACACUCAGUCUGAGAACUCUCUUGGCUUGUGACAGCUUGGGAAAAAACCUAACUUUUGAAAAGACAUUUUACCACCCUUUCCCCAUCCUAGUGUGAUGUGCUUUGUUAACCCUUUUGUGUAAAGAUGCUGUUAAAGCAUAAUGACCAAUGUGUAAAUAUUUUUCAAUAAAAACAGAGGGAAUGAA